AUGACCCUGCGCAUCCUGUCUCCGAGCAGAGAGAGCGGUAGCCGGGCCGACAAUGAGCAGGACAACCAAGAGUGCCGAUUGGCGCAUGGCUCGGCAGAGAAUGCGCCCCCGUCGUCAGGUCUCAGACGGUCCAUAAACAGCAAGCUGAUCUGCCCCAAGCGUCGAAGGCUGCAGCUGCGAGACUCUAUUCUGCUGACGCGCAAAGAUUCGGCCGAGUCAUCGAAUGGCGCUACGUCGACAGAUGCGGGUACGCCACGCGAGCCGCCUCCAGCGCCGUUGGGACAGCAACGAGCAGCAUCAGAGACGUCGGAGAUGAGCAGCAUGCCAUCAACGCCGUCCAGGUCGAGAAUGCCAGAUCUGCCGAGGCUCGGACUCCGUCCUCGCGAUCACCCACCCAACAUCCCGCAGCCGCCGACCCCCCCCGCGCGUUUGCCGCCGAGGGAGCCUAGCUUGGACAGCCGCCAAGUGACGGUGAGGAAUUCCGCCAACAGCUCGUGGCCGGUAGCCGAAAAGCCACUAGUGUCUCGGAUAUGUUCCAUGAUCCUGGAUGAAGAAUUCGGCGCCGGUGCCGACCGGUCUUCCACCUCGCUCAAGGUCUGGGAAACGGUGGUUCGGUGUCUAGAUGACGUCUCGCAACUCGCACCACCAGCAACCGCUGGCAAGCAAGGCGAGCGGUCCUCCUCAGAGCAUCAGGCUCCGGAGUCGGGACUUCCUCUUGGGUCGUACGAUACCAUGAUUUGCAACGCCGGUGUUGCAGGUGUCGCGGAUGACAAGGCUAGUGGCGCAAGCCUUGAGGCUAAAGUAGUUGAGCUUAAGGACAAGCCAACACCCGGACAUUCAACACUUUUUCAACCCCUAAGCGGCCACAGCCGCUCGCAUGCGCUGCCAUGUCCAUACAGACUCAGGAAUCCGACACGGUUUAACGUCACUGACAAGUGGCAAUGCGCCACUGGCAAAUGGAAGAGCCUCGAUGAGUUACAGGCACAUAUUGUCAAGGAGCACAAGCAUUCGGGCAACGACCAAUUAUUUCAGUGCCCACGGUGUGAAGAAGGGUUCUCGGAACCCGCUGCUUUCAGGGACCAUAUGAUGUUGCCGAAAGACAAGAUGUGCGACCCCAGGUCCGAGGACUCCUCCACGGGCGGCAAUGUGGAAGACGGCCUCACGGCUGCCAGGGCCCGAGAUCUUUGCGACAAGAUCAAGAACGAGACAUUAAGGUCCUGGGACGAACUCUGGCGAUGGCUGUUCCCAACGGACAAGGUAGCGCCGCGGCCUGUAAUCCUCCCCGCUGUUGAGCUCCCGCAGGUGGAACAAGAGGUGUUUGCGAGCAGCAGCAUGUCGAGUCUCAAGGCCAGCCUGGAGGAGCGUCUCAGGCUCCUGGCGCUGCAGUCGGCCAACGACGACUCGUUCUCGGCGCAGAUACCCUUCAUAACUGGGUCUUUGGCUCUGGUUGUAGAAGCACAUCUUCGCAGCGUGUUUAUCGCCUGCCGCAACCAGCCUCCUGGCCCCUCCAGGAAGGUGUCUUCGACAACCACAUCAACAAAGGACUCGCCGACGGGGCGACCUCGAACCUUGUCCUUAUCAUCGACGUCCAGCGCCAGGAGCGUCGACAGGCUGGACCACCGUGGUCUGGCCUUUGGCCUCUACCCAACGCAGAGCACGGCGGCGAGGGAUGCAUCUCGGGUCCCAAUACACCGAAAAAGAGACAACAGCAAUGGGAGGAGGCCCGUCAAGUCACUGCGGGCCGCAACGGCACCGGUUUCGACGAUGCUCACGGUCCCUUUCCCGCGCAUCUCGACGCUGACGGAGCUGUCGGACGGGGGCUCCAACGUGGUCCCGGAAGACUGGUACCAGUCGCCGAAAGGGCUGGCCACGGACGCCGAGUACUCGUCGGGAGUUGACUCGAGCCCGGGCAGCGACGGCAGCUUCCGGGAGUCGACUCCCACGGACAUACGCUGCAGCAAGUGCAACAUGCGGCCGAGCCUGCGGCCGGACGAGGACAUAUUCACGGGCGGCAGCGGUAUCGGCAGGGGUCGGCAGUCGACGGUGCAAGCGCAGGCGCAGGCGCAGGCGCAGGACCCAACAUGCCGGUUCUCGGACUCGGGGAUUGGAAUCCUGUGCAAGAGCUGCCGGAUGCUGGAGGAGCUCAUCAACUCGUACUCGCGGACGUCGUCGCCAGGCAAGUCGGCCAAGAGGCGCAGCGGGGUCGGCGGGAAGGGAGCCAGGGAGACAGAGAUGAAGGGGCCGGCAGCGGCGGUGGCAGAAGCUGAAACGGAGUUGGAGGCGGAGACGGCGGUGCCGCUGUUCUCUCCGGACUCGUCGGAAACGAUUGACGAUAGCGAGGAGGAGACGCUGUUCGACAUGAUCCUCGACCAGGCGACGUACCUGGACGAGGAGGGCAACCGCAAGACGGAGAUUGUCACUUCCAUGUUUCCCCUUCCGCCGGUCGGGUUCUCCAAUUAUGAGCGGUUCGAGCAGGACGACAAUUUUUUCUGA